UUAUAGAAAAUUGGAAAAAAAGCGAGAAAUCGAGUAAUAACAUGUGAUUCUGAUUUGCAUUUUCAUAUGAAAAUGCGCUGAUUAUUUUAAUGUUGCAAAUGCUUGAAAAAGAAUUAUAUUCAGAGAAGACCCUUUGCAAAGGAUCUUGAAAAAUUCAAAUGUUCUUAAUAAUAUAUAUGCAUCCGGUCAGAUACUUUGUUGCUGUCAGGCCAUAAGAAUGAACAUACGCACGUUCUUCUCCGAGCUAUUUAAAAACAGAAUUUGAUGCAUAUUAAGACAAUUAUCCCUUCGAUAUUUCUAUGAGCAACUGAAGUGGUAAUUUCAGUAACCAGCUUUUUCAUUCUUAAUAAGGAUUUUCUGCUUUCUGGAAGAAAUAUUACCCCGCAACUAAAUUUUCAUGUAAUCUAAGUUAAUUCACUAUCCUAGGCUUAUACAAUGUAGUGGUUUUCCGUUCUUCGUAAAGAAAAACUUAGCUUGAAAGCUGAUAUUGAUCUAAGUGGUUAAAUCAAUAGGUAGUAGGUGAACGCUAGGCAAAAAGUUGUAACAUAAAAACUCUCGUUGGGUUUAAAGAUAGAGCGUACGCACAAAUACAUCGGAAAUCGGGAAAAUUCCAGCAUUCUAUAAAUGUCAAACCCUAACGAAGUCGAUUAAAGUUUGGGAUUGAUCGUCAUCAAUUCUUCGUAUUAUUCUUCACAUUCUUUCCAUUUUUACUACGUAUACUACGCUGUCGUAAAGAUGAUUUAUUAUAACACAAUUACAGAAGUAAUAAUGAACUGAUAACGAGCUAGAAAAACAUUUUCGAAAGGAAAAAAGAGGAGAAAACAAACACGACAAAAUUAAAAUGAAGAAGAGAUAGACUAUAAGAACCAAAAUGGGAAAAAAGUGAGCGCUGGCUGCUCUCCAUUCCCUUAUCAAAACCUACAUAAUCAAUGGUACUUAUCACUUAAAAUUCGAUUUGUAUUGUUUUAGUGUACUGUUUGAAAUGGAAAGGAAAACAUCGACAAGAACCGCUAAUCGCAUCAAUCAUAUUUUUUUCAACUGUGAUAGUAUAGAGUGUUAUUGUUAUUUGAUAUCGUCAAAAAUGGUCAGUAAACCCUUAAUCCGCAAGUGUACAUAGUGUCUGUUAAAAAAUAAUUAUAAAUUAAAGAUAAAAAUGAAAUGAUUUGAUUAGCGGAUUGAAUAAACAUUUCAAAGUUUAUUUUGUAAAUAUUGUUUAUGUUAAUCAACGUACGAGCGCGGGCAUGUAAUAUAAUACCUAUUAAUCUGUUAUCAGUCUUCGACCACUGUAGUGAAUGCCAGUAUGCCUGCCAAAAGUGUACCCGCGAAUUUUUCAACGGAUUCAAAUUCAUCCGUUUCCUCUGUGUCAGCCAAAGCUGAACGUGAAUCCAUUCAUUCGGGUCAGUUUAUGGUUUCAACCUUUGAAGCCGAAGAAACCCAAGACGAUUUGGAUGAUGGGGAAGUGAAAAUGCUUGAUCCAGAAGAUCCAAGUCUUUCAAAACUUGACGAGAGCAAUACAUGUCUAGAAGUGCAGUUGUAUGUACCACGUAAGGUCAUCCAGCAGCAUAAACAAGAUGGUAAUUCAAUAGGCUUGAUUACUUCACAUCUCGAAAUUGAAACUUCGCUAACCAAGCUGUUCAAAUGCAUGGACUUAACCUAUAGUCAAAAACUGACAUCUCCGAAAUGGAAUCACUUCAAAGGGGUACGUUUACGUUGGAAAGAUAAAAUCCGAUUAAAUAACGUUAUCUGGAGGUGCUGGCACAUGCAAUUUAUUCUUAGACGUAGAACUCCAGUCUGUCAAUUCGCUUCGCCUCUAGAUGUGGAUAUUCACAGCAAUCCGCAGAGUGUUGUGCUCGAAGGGAAAUAUUGGAAACGUCAAAUGGUUGUGAUAAAGGCCGAAUAUCGAAAAUGGAGAAGAAAUUUUAAAUCAAAAGUUACUGGAUCUUUAAAAUAUGACACGAAAAGUGAACUUGAUUUCUUGGAAUGGUCUCCUUUAAAUGACAAAAAUUUAAUGAUAUCUGAGGACUGGACCUCUGAUACAUUGUUUUCAGCAAUUAAUGUUCCAUUUCCCUUUCCUGAUUCCAGAGAAAUUGCACGAGGUGCUGGUAUUGCCGACUUUAUACAACCCAGUCUCGGACCACUACAACCAAAUUUAGAUGAUAUAGAAGAUAUAACGGUUGUUGAACUAUUACAAAAUUCCCGCUUGGCUCCAGUUCCCGAGGAAGGCUCCGAAGAAAUGCUGAAAAAUGUAGAUUAUGGAUUCUCCGAUAUUAUGGGUUCCAACACCCUAAUGGAUGUUUCGACGCCAAAUGUAGUUACGUCGUUGCCAAGUGCUACUGAAGAUGCUAAUAUGCUUGAACUUAACACUCCGUUAAGUACACUGCAAUUUACUGAGAUGUUGAAUGAAGCUAAUCAACCAAACACGCAUUCAAGUACAAUCGCUGAGGAUACUAUUAUGGAAGAGCCAACGUUACAAAAUUCAAGUAAUGUGAUAAUGCUGUCCCAUACAAACCCGGUGUCUACAAAUCGAAAUUUAGCUAAACUUUAUGUUGGUGCGCUUGAAAAUCAUAAUAGUAGUACCAGCGCAAACAGUAAUGCAGUGGUACGUCAAAGUGGAAAUGACUUUCCAGUAAAAAAAGGACGAAUAUCUAAGAACUCACAAAGGCCAUUUAGACGAGAACCGCACAAUUACGAUAAAGCACAGCCUACUUUACAUCAGACUACAAUAUAUCAGCAAAUGUUGGCUGAACAGCAAAAAGCGCACCAAGUGCAACAUCAGCAACAGCUUCAGCGACAACAACAGUUGCAAUCCUCAAAUGCAGUGGUGGCUACUUUACAACAUCCAAAUAAUGUUUUUCCAACCACACCCCAACAACAGCAACAUUUUUCUGGCCAAUUACCGUUCGUUAGCAAUGCAUCAAUGUUAAACAACAGUUCGACCCAUCAAUUCGCUGGUAAUGUUUCCGAAAAUAUUUUGAGAAUUGUAAACAAUACGAAUGUUACAAGAGACUUUGCGGGCAUAAUGCCGCCAAGCGCUAACGGUGGUACGUCAUCGGCUAUGAGCAAUCCUGAUACAUUUAAUGUAAGAACAGAAAUACCUUCAUCUGAAGUGCUUUCGAUGUUUAAUCUUAGCACAGGCGACGUAGGCGACGGAUACGGUACCAAUUCGAACACUGAUGUUAAUUCAUAUAAACCGUCCAACACGCACUUGGGUACUUUUAAAAAGUCUGCCUCAACUGGCGCUUACAUUAACGUAUGUGCUAACAAUAGCGGCCUGCAGCAAAUGUACUUUCAGCAAGAUGGGGGAAUUCAAGUAGAACAAACAGGACAAAUGUCUACUGUACCACAAUCAUUACCCCCGCAAAUUGGCACUCAUUUGGCCGGUCUGGCGAGUGCUAUUCAGCCGCGCCUCGUAUCGCACGUAUCACCUACAAGCAUUUCUUCUAGUCAGCGAACUUUAUCUUUGAAAUUGAAUAUGUCUCCUCAAUCAUCGCAAAUUAAUAAUACACCAGUCGUGCCUGUACAGACUCAUUUGCAGACGCAACAAAUUGGUCAAGCAGUAAUGAGCAAUACGAUGCCAAAAGAGAUGUACCGUUCGAAUAGUUUGCCCUUAAAUAGCUCUAUGCAAAAAUUGGAAGCGUGUCAAACGUCAAACGAACAUUUUGUGGUUCCCAAGUACCAAGCAGCACCUAAAAGCGUUAAAUCUCGUAUGCGUAGUAACUCCAUCCAUCAUCACUUAAGUCAAACGCCGAGCAACACAAACCUAUCGGCGGCAGACAGCAUGAGCGAUGAUACAGGUAACUUGAACGUUAACACGCAACUACACACUGCCACCAGUGAUCCCAUGCUGAAUAGCACCUUAGCUCAGCUCUUAAGUGCAAAUUCUCAAAUGUCAUGUUCGGGCCGACCACGAAAUGCCUCCAUAAGUUCCAAUUCUUUGGCAAAUACUCCUGUGUCUGCGUUGCAUAGUGCGCAGAACAAAACAUCUCCAAUGAAUGGUUCGGCAGUAACCAGCACGUGUAUGGCUGCUGCGCAACGCAGCAUUUCGCCCCCACCUUCUCCGGGAGUUUCUGCUCUAACAGGAGACAUUAACUCGCCGUCAAUGGAUAGAGAUUUACUGCCACGUCAAACCCUCAAACAUUGCGGGCAAACUCAACAACAGCAACCUCUCCAUAAAGCACCAAAGAAAUCCAGUUCAUUGCCUACGCAAAUUACGGCGUCAUUACUAAAUAAUCCAUCUGCUCCUAAAAUGUUAAGCUAUCCCCUGAGUGCCGGUCCGCAACAUCAUCAAAGUUUGUCACCCGAAUCUUAUCUUGAAACAGAGUCUCAGCUUUCUCCAACACACAUUGUUAAAUAUCCACGCGAUAGCCAGCGACGUGCGGGGCACAUACAUGCCGAACAAAAGCGACGUUACAACAUUAAAUAUAGUUUUGAUCAAUUGCAUGAUUUGAUACCACAACUGCAACAGAAUAGUGCAAAGUUGAGCAAAGCCGCAAUGUUGCAAAAGGGUGCAGAGCACAUCAAACAUUUACGUAACGAACGUGAUGCGCUUAAAGAUCGAAUGGAGGCUUUGCGUAUGGAAAGAGAUGCUCUUAAUAAUUCAUUAACACAUCUUCAUUCAAUUUUACCAGCUAAUGGAGCCCCAGUUACCCGGCAAGGCACUGAACGUGUACGACAAUUGUACGAGCAAUAUAUACGGUUUCGCACAAUGGAAAACUGGAAAUUUUGGAUUCUUGGUCUUAUUGUGGAACCUCUGUUGUCAUCUUAUACGACAACUGUAUCGAGUGCCAGCUUGGAUGAAUUAAGGCGAACGGCUUUCCUCUGGGUGGAUCAGCAUUGUUCGUUAAUCGAUUUAAGGCCAGCGAUCUCCAAUAAACUAAAAUAUCUGAUGACGAAAACCGAAAUUCUAUCUGAUCCACCAUCUACAUUACAAGAAGAAGUUGCCAAAGCUGUUAAUAACACCAUAGGUCAGCAUCCGAAUUUGCACGGCACAUGAAUGCUUGCGUAAAAGACGUCUUCGUGUACAUACAUAUACGCAUGCGUAGAUAUUUGCUCAAAUUCUUAUAAAAUUUGUUUGUCUACGAAUAUGAUAACGAUUCUAUACGUAUUUCUUAUUUUUCUUACCCUUAGUUUUUAAAAUACUUUUCAAACAUUUUCAAAUGGAAAAAAAAUUGUACAAAUCGUUUAUUUUUGUAAUUCAUAAAGUGUGUAUGUGUGUGUGAGUCAGUGUAUAUGUUUAUGUACGUUUUUAGGUGGAAAUAUGAUAAUCGUAAAAACAAUGUGCCUACAAAUUGUAUAUUUUAAGUUCAUAGUAAAAAAUAAAUUUUUUAAAUUUACAAUUUUUAACAAGGAAAAAAAAAAAA